AUGACCGUUGGAGCACUCCAUGACCUCUAUCUAUCUUACCCUGGUUGUAAAACAUCUAGUGGCAUAUCAAAUAUAUCAUUUUCUUUUCAGGAUCAAGAUCGUGUACUUGAAGCAAUGCAUUCAGUAUUUUUAUUUCAUGCAAUUAAAACUGGUCUUUCUAUGGGUACUGUUAAUGCUGAUCAAGUUCCAAUUUAUAAUGAUACUGAUUCUCGUCUUGGAGAACUUCGUGAAGCAUGCAUAUUUAAUACACGAUCCACAGCAACUGUAGAAUUAUUUGAUUAUCGAGAAGAAAUUAGUUCGAUCGAUAAAAGCAAAAUAAGAAUACUGGCUUUUGUCGUAUCUAUGCUGUUUUUGAGGUCCUAUCUUCAAACCAAUGUACAUUAA